AAACCUAUUCUAAGAAAUCAGACACUCAGGCGUCCACCAUGGUGUUGGGUCCUGAGCAGAAGAUGGCAGAUGAUGAUGCUUCUGGAGACCAUGGGGACUCUCCCAGUCUUGGUACCCUCAACCCUGCCUACAGUAACUCAUCUCUUCCCCAGUCAACUGAGCACUCACAGGAGCCCUUUACCACCUACUUUGAUGAGAAAAUUGCCAUUCCUGAGGAGGAGUAUUCUUGUUUUAGUUUUCGUAAACUCUGGGCUUUCACGGGACCUGGCUUUCUUAUGAGCAUUGCCUACUUGGAUCCAGGAAAUAUUGAAUCUGAUUUGCAGUCUGGAGCAGUGGCUGGAUUUAAGUUGCUUUGGGUUCUUCUCUUGGCCACCAUCGUGGGGCUCCUGCUCCAGCGCCUUGCAGCUCGGCUGGGAGUGGUCACGGGGCUGCAUCUUGCUGAAGUGUGUCACCGUCAGUACCCGAAGGUCCCACGAAUUAUCCUAUGGCUGAUGGUGGAGUUGGCUAUCAUUGGCUCAGAUAUGCAAGAAGUUAUUGGCUCAGCCAUUGCCAUCAAUCUCCUGUCUGUAGGAAGGGUUCCUCUGUGGGGUGGAGUUCUCAUCACGAUUGCAGAUACCUUCGUAUUUCUCUUCUUGGACAAAUAUGGCUUACGGAAGCUAGAAGCAUUUUUUGGCUUUCUCAUCACCAUUAUGGCCCUCACAUUUGGAUAUGAGUAUGUUACAGUGAAACCCAGCCAGAGCCAGGUACUCAAGGGCAUGUUCCUGCCAUCCUGUUCAGGCUGUCACACCCCACAGAUUGAGCAGGCAGUGGGCAUCGUGGGAGCUGUCAUCAUGCCACACAAUAUGUAUCUGCAUUCUGCAUUAGUCAAGUCCAGACAGAUAAACCGAGCCAAUAAGCAGGAAGUUCGAGAAGCUAAUAAGUACUUUUUCAUUGAAUCCUGCAUUGCUCUCUUUGUUUCCUUCAUCAUCAACGUCUUUGUCGUCUCAGUCUUUGCAGAAGCAUUUUUUGAAAAAACCAACGACCAGGUGGUAGCAGUCUGCAGAAACAGCAGCAGUCCCCACUCUCACCUUUUUCCUGAUGAUAACUCAACAUUGGCUGUGGACAUCUACAAAGGGGGUGUUGUACUGGGAUGUUACUUUGGGCCUGCUGCACUCUACAUCUGGGCGGUGGGGAUCCUGGCCGCAGGACAGAGCUCCACCAUGACAGGAACCUAUUCUGGCCAGUUUGUCAUGGAGGGAUUUCUGAACCUAAGAUGGUCACGUUUUGCCCGAGUAAUUCUGACUCGCUCUAUUGCCAUCAUCCCCACUCUGCUUGUUGCCAUCUUCCAGGAUGUCGAGCAUCUGACAGGGAUGAAUGACUUCCUGAAUGUGCUGCAGAGCUUACAGCUUCCCUUUGCUCUGAUACCCAUCCUCACAUUUACGAGCUUACGGCCAGUAAUGAAUGACUUUGCCAAUGGACUAGGCUGGAGGAUUGCAGGCGGGAUCUUGGUCCUUAUCGUCUGUUCCAUCAACAUGUACUUUGUCCUGGUUUAUGUCCAGGAACUAGGGCAUGUGGCAUUGUAUGUGGUAGCUGCUGUGGUCUCUGUGGCUUAUCUGAGCUUUGUGUUUUACUUGGGUUGGCAAUGUUUGAUUGCAUUGGGCAUGUCCUUCCUGGACUGUGGGCACACGGAGGUUGGUUAUAGAAAAAGAUGGUAGCACUUAUGAACUGACAUUCUCAUGAGAUUUUGGAAUGAGGAGAAAAGACUUAAGGAAAGAAGAGUCAUCUGUUUUAUUCCUAAAAGACACCUCCUACCAGAAUUGUCAUGGUUUUCCGAAGCAUGCCCAAGACAACUUGCAAGGCAAUCUCAGGAGCUGUGGACAUAACAGUUGCAAAGCUCUUUCUCUCUCAGCAAGUCAGUGGGACUCACUAUGGUUGAAAGUUCUCUCUCAGCAAGGUUGCACUGGGCUACCUCUCUUCAGCCAUUCCCUCAGAGGGAAAAGCUUUGAGACCAGAUGGUGGAGCUCUGGAGUCAGAGGACAUGGGUCCCUUCGGCCUGAAGCCGCUGCUCUUCAGCCACUUCUGACUUUUUUUUUUACCUGUGGAGCCUGGGAUUAUAUGAUUAUAUCAAAUCAAAUCAAAUCACAUUUGUUUGGUGGAGAUAAAUAACAGGUCUGUUAGAACCAUGGACUUGUUGAGAACAUUAAUGGGAGUGGCAUUGAAGGACUUCUCAUUUUUGGAGCUUUCCAUCUGGAGUCCUGGUUGAUUGAUACUUUGUAUUCAUCUGAGCCCCUCAAUGCAUUAUUGCUAACAUUUUGCACACAGUCGAGCACAGACUGGGUGGAUUAUCUUUUAUAAGGCAUUAAGGAUAAACUGCUGUGUUUCACUGACGGUACCUUAUCUUAGCCCCUUAAUAGGGCACACGAUCAUGAAGGAGAAAUUUCCCUAACUGUCCCUCCUCACAUCUGCCCCUCUCCCUGUCAUCAUUCCCCAAACAUCCUAAGGGUAUUCUGUGAAGAUCCCGGGGACUGACCUCUUGGUCUCUCAUCUGGCUGUACCAGGUGAAGGCAAAAUUGACAAGAAAAAGUCUUUGUAAAGACAGUACGAUAACACUACCUUUGCCCUGAGUCUGGAUGGAUCCAGUCAGUCUCAGAUUCACAAUAUUUAGAAGUUUAGGUAAAGCUGCUUGUUUUCUUUUAAAAGUUUUGUUUAUGACUUAUGGUGAUGGAAAAUUUCUUCCCAGUUAAAUGGCAUUUUAUAAUACUAUGUGUGUAGUGUUUCACAGUGUUAAAGAUACUCCCAUACCAUCUUCCAUUUGAUCCCAUCAGAAAGAAAAUGUACUUCAGCCAGUACUCUGGGUGCAAUAAACCAUGCUUAUGAAGUGUCCCAGUGUCCACACGUGCAGUGUUUCUGUGGAAUGUUAAGGGUAUACACUUGUACUUUAUGUAAAGUGGUCCUUGUUCUCCAUAAAUGUGACAUGAAAUAAUUGUGCUUUUACUGCACACCGGGAGUUAACGGGUGGGGAAGAGAUGUAGUUUGGCUCCUGUGAGGUCCCGCUAGUGGUAUUACAAGUGGUUAUAACUGAGCUUUUGGUGCCCACUUAACAGUAUGUAAACUUGGUUUGUAAUUAAAAUUUUUUUCCUUUCCCUA